CUUAUUUUUUCAGAUUGAUUUAAGUGCUCGUAAUGUGGAAGAUAGCCUCCAAGUGCCGAUGUUCAGUGACGAACCAGGUGAAGGUUAUGAUCGAUUCGUAUCCGGACGUACAGAAGUUGAAUUUUUCAUCCGUGAUCUUCAUACUUACCUUCUCAUCGUUUCGUAGCCGUUUCCUCAGGUUAUGUCAUUGUCGCCUUCAUCUUGUUCGAAAUCCUUAAAUGUCUUGAUUUUUGUUUCAGGUGAAUUACGCUUUUGAAAUUUACUUACGCAGUUAUAUCAUUAUGGGUGACGUCGAGAACGGAAAGAAGAUCUUUGUUCAGCGAUGUGCGCAAUGUCACACCGUGGAAAAGGGUGGCAAGCAUAAAACCGGUCCGAAUUUGAACGGUAUUUUUGGCAGGAAAACUGGAGGAGCUGAAGGAUUUCAGUACACUGACGCCAACAAAAAUAAAGGCAUAACCUGGAAUGAUGACACAAUGUUCGAAUAUUUGGAGAACCCUAAGAAAUACAUUCCUGGCACUAAGAUGGUAUUCGCCGGGUUGAAGAAAGAAAACGAGAGGAAAGACCUGAUUGCGUACUUGAAAGAUUCUACGAAGUAAUCUUUAGUCCUUCGCUAAAACUUGAAGAUUCACGCGCAACUCUCAGUAUUCAAUGAACGUGGGUUAGGCAACCCUUCGGAAUUUUUUUUAUUCGAUUUUUGGUGCUAUUUGUGGCGAGUGAUACGUUUCAGCUUACGAGCUAUGAGAUGCGCGAGCCUCGUGUUCUGUGACUUACGAAACCGCCCGUGUGAACUGUGAACUCCGUUUAUGUGAUCACGUGACCUGCUUCCCUGCGUUUGUGAACUUGCUCCUCGACCUCCAUCCGGUGAAUCUGAGCCAAGUGUUCCUCGCGUGACAGGUCCGCCGCCAUAUUGAUCUAGAAGAGCCUUCAGACAAAACCCCGCAGCUCUGAACAGAGGCUGUGUUCGGUCAGUGGUGUAGGAAGAUCGGAAUUGUUAAGUGAAAUUUGUUGGCUGUGAUUCUUGUUACACGUGUGGUGCUUAAUUGAAUCUAAUUUUACGUUGUUUUCUCACGUCUUCUCGUUUUAGAAAAGUUCAAGUCUAGUAUAUAUCGCAGUUGAAUUGAUCGGAUCGACGGCUCGACGCUUAUGACGUUUAAGAUUUUAGUCACUCAGGGUGCUUUUCUGUCGUAAUUGCAACGAUUAGUGUUCGUUCGUAUCAUUCAAGCUAAGAAUCUCGAUUCAUACCUCUUAUGCCCUUCAGUGAAUUUGCUAACGCCGCAUUAUUGCUGAGUCAUCCACGUUGCUUCAUCUAACGUCAGUUUUAAUUUAUACAUUUCGGAUCGAUUCUUUCAAGCAAGCUUGUCGUAGCCCGAAUCAUCCAUGUUGAUCUGUGUCAUCGAUUAACUUCUGAAGGAGAUUUAACUUUGGGCAGUUGAUGCGAAGAUUAGCGGGAUUCAAAUGAUUCUUGAGAUAGCCGUUCCU